GGCUUCUGGAACCCCCGUUUGUUUCCUUUCUCCUUCCCCUCUUAUCGUUUCCCCUUUUCCUUUUUCAUUCUUCUUUCCUGAUUUGAUUUGUCCCCUGCGUCAACCUCGCUGGGAUUAUAUCGGCGACGUUACUUUGAAUCGUGAAGAUAUUGAAUGGGGACAGAGAACGAGCUGGACGUCGAGGGGCAGACGGAGCCUCCUAUAUGUGGCCUCAAGAGUUCCGUAACCUGCACUGCAUCUCCCACUCUGGUCGGGACCGUUAGAUCAGACGGCGAUGCCACUGAUGCCGAUGUCAAUGCCGAUGUCGAUGCCGAUGCCGAUGCCACUGUUGGCCGCGGCUCCAUCACCAGCACCGUUGACACGGCGCGCGUCUUGAUCCCCGAGUGUGCCCACACCCUCACUGUGCCUGACGUUUGCGCGUUGCUUGAGACAAAUAUCGACAAUGGAAUCGACGGCUCCGAGGCGGCUCGUCGCCUACAGCACCAUGGCCCUAACAAGGUUGAGGGAGCUAAAGGGCUAUCCGUGUGGACGAUUCUCUUGAGGCAGGUCUCCAACAGCCUGACUCUCGUCCUCGUCAUCACCAUGGUCCUCUCCUUCGCGAUUGCGGACCACAUUGAAGGCGGCGUCAUCGCCGCCGUCAUUCUGCUCAACGUCGUGGUUGGGUUCAUCCAGGACUUCCGCGCCGAGCAGACCAUCCAGGCGCUCUAUGCGCUGUCUGCCCCGACGUGCAAGGUGAUCCGCGGCGGCCAGGCGGAUACCAUCAAGGCCGAGGCCCUCGUACCGGGCGACCUGGUCAGGCUCGGGGUGGGCGACAUUGUCCCCGCCGACCUCCGGCUCGUUCACAGCAUCAACCUGUCCACCGACGAGGCCCUGCUCACCGGCGAAUCGGUGCCCGUGAGCAAGCAUGCCGAGAUGGUCCUCAAGGACCGCGACGUGCCCCUGGGCGACCGCAUCAACAUGGUGUACUCGGGCAGCACCGUCUCGCGCGGCCGCGCCACCGGCGUCGUCGUCGCCACCGGCAUGGCCACCGAGGUCGGCAAGAUCGCCGCCCUCCUCAAGAGGAACCCCCAGAGCGACGGGCGGCAGCGUCUGAGCGUCGCCGGCAGGGCCUGGGCCAGAUUCCGGAGCGGCCUCCGCGUCCUGCUCGGCCUCGACGGCACUCCGAUGCAGGUGGCCCUGAGCAAGUUUGCGCUGCUGCUCUUUGCCCUGGCCAUCGCCCUGGCCAUCAUCGUCUUCUCGGUCAGCCGGUGGCGCGUGACGAGCGAGGUGCUCAUCUACGGCAUCUGCGUCGCCGUCGCCGUCAUCCCCGAGUCGCUCAUCGCCGUCCUCACCAUCGCCACCGCCCUCGGCACCCGCGCCAUGGCCAAGGGCAACGUCGUCAUCCGCAAGCUCGCCGCCCUCGAGGCCGUCGGCGGCGUGACCAACAUCUGCUCCGACAAGACCGGCACGCUUACCCAGGGCCGCAUGGUCGCCAAGCGCGUCUGGCUCGAGGACGGCACCGAGGUGUCGGUCCGCGACACCACCCACCCCUUCGACCCCGCCAGCGGAAACGUGCGCGUGGGGGAAGACGAGUACAGCCCCGUCCUGUCCCCGGCCGCCGAGAAGAAGGCGGCCCGGCUGAGGGCCUUGCUCGAGACGGUCGCCCUGUGCAACAACUCGAGCGUCACCACCACCCAGGCUGCCGCUCCCGCCGCCCCCGGCGCCCCUGCCGCCCCCAGUGGUGGUGCUGGUGCCGGUGCCUACGCCGCCGUCGGCGAGCCCACCGAGAUCGCCCUCCAGGUCCUGGCCAUGCGGUUCGGCAUGGGUAAGCCCGAGCUGGUGCGCUUGGACGGCGGCGGUGGCGGCCGCCAGCUCCUGGCCGAGUUUCCCUUCGACUCGUCGUGCAAGCGGAUGACGGUAGUCUACGCCGACGAGGCCGGCGACGGCGGCGCCUCAGCCUACACCAAGGGCGCCCUCGAGGCCCUGCUUCCCCUGAUGGACCUCUCGGACGAGCAGAAGACGGCCGUCGUGGCCAAGGCCGAGUCGCUGGCCGCCGAGGGCCUCCGAGUCCUCUGCGUUGCCAAGCGGUCCGUCGACCCGGGCCUCUUCUCGUCGACGACGACGACCACCGCGCCGAGCCCUCUGACUGGUGUCGACGACGCCGAGAAGGUGGUCGUACAGGAGGGAGGGACGCGGGCGCUGCCGGCAGGUCACGACACCACGGAGCACCUGCGCUCGGCCGUCGAGAAGGACCUCAGAUUCCUCGGCCUGGUGGGCCUCUACGAUCCCCCGCGCGUCGAGUCGGCCGCGGCCGUGCAGCGGUGCCAGCGUGCCGGCAUCACUGUCCACAUGCUGACGGGCGACCACGUCAAGACGGCGACGGCGAUCGCGUACGAGAUUGGCAUCCUGAGCCGAGCAGCCAACCACCACGGCGGCAGCAACGACUACGACAAGAACAACAACAACAACAACAGGGACACCACCAUCAUGGUGGCCAGCGCCUUCGACGGCCUUAGCGACGCCCAGAUCGACCAGAUGGAGCGUCUGCCCCUGGUCCUGGCGCGCUGCAGCCCGGCGACCAAGGUCCGCAUGGUGGAAGCCAUGCACCGGAGGGGGGCCUUCUGCGUCAUGACCGGAGACGGCGUGAACGACUCGCCCGCCCUCAAGAAGUCGGACGUCGGCAUCGCCAUGGGCCUUAACGGGAGCGACGUGGCCAAGGAGGCCGCCGACAUGGUCCUGACCGACGACAACUUUGCCUCCAUCGUCACCGCCAUCGAGGAGGGGAGGCGCCUGUUUGACAAUAUCCAAAAGUUCCUGCUUCAUCUCCUCGUCUCCAACAUUGCCCAAGUCUUCCUCCUCCUCAUCGGCCUGGCCUUCAAGGACGAGGACGGCGUCUCCGUCUUCCCGCUCUCGCCGCUCGAGAUCCUCUGGGCCAACCUCGUCACCUCGUCCUUCCUCGCCCUCGGGCUCGGUAUCGAGGAGGCCCAGCCCGACAUCAUGCAGCGCCCGCCCCACGACCUCUCGGUCGGCGUCUUCACGCGCGAGCUCAUUACCGACAAGUUCGUCUACGGCACCGCCAUGGGCGGCCUCUGCCUCGCCGCGUUCUCCUCGGUCGCCUACGGCGGCGGCCCCCCCGGCAGCCGAGGGGAAGGGGGCGCUUCCCGCGCCCUGGGCCGCGACUGCAACGAAUCCUACUCGGACGUCUGCCGCGUCGCCUUCCGCGCCCGCGCCACCACCUUCGCCACCCUGACCUUCCUCCUGCUGGUGACCGCCUGGGAGGCCAAGCACUUUACCCGCUCGCUCUUCGCCAUGUACCCGGAGGAGGAGGAGGAGAAGUACAACAACAACAACAACAACGACAACGACAACGACAACAACAAUGGGCGGCAUGGGCGGCGGCGGCGGCGCCGCUCGGGCACGGGCCCCGCCUCGGUCCUGCGGACCGUCUGGCGCAACAAGUUCCUGUUCGGCGCCGUCACCGCCGGCUUCGUCAUCGCCUUCCCCGUCAUCUACCUGCCCGCCGUCAACCGCAUCGUCUUCAAGCACGACGCCAUCACCUGGGAGUGGGGCGUCGUCGCCGCCUGCGUCGUCGUCUACACGGCAAUCGUCGAGUCUUGGAAGGCCGUCAAGAGGCGCUUCCGCCUGGGAACCACCGCGGCAGCUUCGGCGGCUUCCCCGGCGUCGCGCACGGUGGGCGAAGUGUGAGGUAAUUAUACUCUACUUCGCAAGGCAUAAUUAGGUACCUGCCUACCGGUAGGUACCUUACAUGCCAAAGGCUUCCACACACUGUCGACAGCUUUUAAGUGGUAGAAUGAUGGGGAAAACAAACUGGCGAGAACAAGAAAAGAGAGAUGAAAAAAACAAAACGGACAAAAAAAAGGCAAAGAUAGCACAAGAUUGAUGAUCUGGUCGCUCGUUUAAUUAUCGGUCGUGGCGGUGACCCUCGUAGGGGCGAUGGUCAAGGUAUGGUUGCUCACUAGGUACAUGUACCUACCUAGGUACUGUACCUACACCAUCUUGUGAGGGAGAGUGACAUUGCUCUGUUUUUGGCUUCGCGGUGUGCUUGAUUCAGGCACUCGGUUUGGGUUUCGGUUUGGGUGUUAACCGCCUACCUUGCUCAGAUUGAUCUUCCGAUUUCCGUUCUCACGCUCCUUUUAACACAUUAUUAUCAUGGUCUUAUCUUACUUCAAUCAAGAUAGCUAGUGCGUACUAGUAUGCUACAAUGUUUUGUUUUAAAGCUCGG